GCAGGAAGUUGGUAUUACGCGAUGUUACCGGCUGCAGCUUGGCGUGGACUCCGAGUGCGAGCUCACAAUCUGGCAGAGAGGAAAGGGAGGGAGUGAAUGAGCUUCACCGCUGGCGCUGCUACUGCAGUGUGUGCUUGUGUGAGACCGUGAGGUGGAGUUUGUUUGCUCCCGGGACACGCACUGAGACCCCACAAUUUUUUUUUGUAUGCGCUUUUUAAAAAAGUGGAGAAGGCCACAGAUCAGCACAAACUGUGGAAGAGGACUGAAUCAGUGACAGCAACUUCUGGAUAUCUGUGUUAAGCUGCACUUGUGUGACUCAUUUGUGUAAACUGACUACAAUCAUUUGCAUACAAGCUCCUCUUGUGCAGUUAAGCAACCAUGGUCAUCAAACAAGGUUUACUGGAUUGCUAUGUACUAAUCCUGGUUCCAUGUAACCCUUAGUACAAGUGCUGGGUGCUGCUUCAGCAGUUGUGUGCGUAGCUUGGGGCUCUCUAUAUCACACUGCAGGCAUCACUUUAGCUUUACCUUACCAAAAGCUGUGCACUCUAUACAGAUGAAUGAAGACCCCAUUUGGGAAGCGAUCCAGUCAGAGGUUAUCAAUUGAUGCAGCAGGUCUUCCUGGUGUGUCUGGUAAUAUGAUGAAGAAGAAAAGUAAUCACAGGAAACAUCGUAGCAAUGUGGGACCAAGCAAAGCUGUAUCUCAUUCACGACGAAAUAUUGUGGGUUGCAGAAUUGAACAUGGGUGGAAAGAACAAGGUGGAAUAACACAGUGGAAGGGCACAGUUCUUGAUCAAGUUCCAGUAAAUCCUGCACUUUACCUUAUCAAAUACGAUGGAUUUGACUGUGUAUAUGGACUUGAACUUCACAAAGAUGAAAGGGUGUUAGGAUUUCGGGUCCUCCCAGAUAGAGUUUCUGCCUCUCGAAUCAGUGAUGUAGAUCUGGCAGAAAUGAUGAUAGGCAAAGCAGUUGAGCACAUGUUUGAGAAAGAUGAUGAUGGGGCUAAAGAUGAAUGGCGGGGAAUGGUGCUGGCACGUGCUCCAAUCAUGAAUACAUGGUUUUAUAUCACCUAUGAAAAGGAUCCUGUCUUGUAUAUGUACCAGCUUUUAGAAGACUACAAAGAAGGAGAUUUACGAAUUAUGCCUGACUCAAAUAAUGAUUCUCCACCAGCUGAGAGAGAGCCAGGAGAAGUAGUAGACAGCUUGGUGGGUAAACAAGUGGAAUAUGCCAAAGAAGAUGGCUCAAAGAGGACUGGCAUGGUCAUCCACCAAGUAGAAGCCAAACCAUCAGUGUAUUUUAUCAAGUUUGAUGAUGAUUUUCACAUUUAUGUUUACGAUUUGGUAAAAACCUCUUAG